AUUAAUAAUAAAAAUAGUAAGUUUUGUAUUUGCAUGUGCAUAAAUUCUAGGAUUAUUUCCUCGGGUCGAUGUAGCUGCGACAAAUGAAUGACACAGAAUGUAAGUAGGUAUAUUUAAUACUGUUAGAAGUGUUAAGGUGUUGACACAGGGUAUACUGUCCGUAUUGUUUGUUUACUGCAUCUAUCUUGACUCCUUUCGGGGGUAUUUGUUAAUUACAGGUAUCCUAAACGAUCGACCUCGUAAAGUUUGAAGCCAUACAUGAACACCUGUAAGUUCUGGAUGUCACUACACAUGUAGACUAUUAUAGUGUUUUCCUGUAUAUAUUAUACCCAUGCAUCAAAUAUUCAGAUAUGACGUGUUCCACCAAAAAUUUAAAUUUAUGUAAAAACAUGUACUGGCUGUGGAAAACAUUAUAUCGGUGAAACGGGGACUACUCUGCGAACACGUAUACGAGUUCAUAAACAACACAUUUCAGCACCCGAAUAUAGAAAAAUUAAAGUUAGUGAACAUUUAGAUGUGUGUGGCCACGGAUAAUUAAGUGUAUUUCCGUUUUAUAAACUUUAUACAGAAAAUACUAUUUCCCGACGAGAAAAAGAAAGACAUUUUAUUUAAAAAAAAAACAAAUUUGGAAUAUAUAUAUAUAUAUAUAUAUAUAUAUUAUUACUACAGUAACUUGAUCCGAAGAGUCGGAUCACGUCGAGUUGACAGGCGCGGAUCAUCAGAUCACACAAGACGCGAAGGAGAUCUUGAGACUUUGGCGUGACCAUCGCACUUUGGCGUAGUCAUUGCACUUGGAAUACCUACGUAUGUAUAUACAUGUAUAUACAAAGAAAAGUACUAACAAUUGGAAAGGAAAUAAAUAAUUAAAGGACAAUAUAUGGUAUGCUUGCUUGUAGUCCCCAUUCAUAGCUAAAUUUUAAUUCUUAAUAAAAUAAAAGUUGAUGAAAUUUAUAUGAGUUCAUUAUUACAUAUAUAAUGCCUUAUAUUUAUUUGAUUAAAAAAUACUUUGUGCAUGUAGUGUUAAGAGGUCAUUUAAGUCGCCUUGGUUACAGAAAAAUGCCAAAAUACGUAAUUUUGACAUCUUUAAUAGCCAUUUUAAAUGCCUGCGAUUUCUUUGACAAUAUUUAUAUUUACACAUCGUAAAUAUAUCCAGAGAGAAGAUCUGUGUGCAAAAUAUUUUUCUUGUUUAAGUAGUCGCAUAUAUAUAACCGGUAUAUAAAAAAAAACUUUCGAAAAGCACGCAUUUUUCCAUAAGUGUCGUGUCGACGUCAUACCUCCAUACAAUGUACAUCGUACACUGCUCAUUAUGUAUUCUAUGUAUGGGGAUAAAAGUUGCGUUGUGUAUAACUCUUUCGUGAAAAUAAAAAAAAAAUCACUCUAAUUAUGUUUUGUAUUACAUUAUGUCAACGAUUUUUUAGAAUCCGAAUUAAUGAAAUGAGAAACCGGUUGACCCGAUCCAUAAGCGGAUCCAGGAAGUUGUGAAAGGGAGUCUAGCAUUUGAUCUUUUACGUACUUUUCAUAACCCCCACCCCUAUUCCAUUUACACCUUUUGCUGGUGUAGAUAACAUCGUAGAGAGAUCUUGAAACAGUUUUCAUAUAUGAAAAUGCUUCGGUUAUUACUACUUCUUAUACCCACACUUUCUAAAGAAAGUUCUGGUAUAUUGUUUUUAUCCCGGUCCGUCCGUCCGUCACUAAAACUGUGUCCACAUUCAUAGCUCUAUCCAUAUGUUUUAGGGGCUGUAUAGUAAUGUCCUGUAGAUGUGCAAUAAGGUUCCGGAAUUUUCAUAUUGGUCCUAGGGGACAAAUAGGGGCUGAAAAAUGACAUUUUCUAUCAUGACGUUUGUCACUUAAACAUCUACAUCUUUAGGAGUAGUCACGUGCUAUUCUAGGAGCUGAAUAGUAAUGUCCUAUAGAUUAAGGAUUAUCUCCCUCAUGCAUAGCUCUUAUCCUUGGGCGAAUUUGGCUCCACUUUUUUGGCACGCUGUUUUUGGCUAUAUUUAGCUCUAAAACUUUAUAGUUAUUUCGGAUUUCAAACAUUUCGGUUGAGCAUCACUGAAGAGACAUUUUUUGUCGAAAUACGCAUCUGGUGCAUCAAAAUUGGUACCGUAUAAGUUUUACAUUUGCAAUAAGGUUUCGGAAUUUUCAUAUUGGCUCCAGGGGCACAUAGGGUCCGAAAAAUGACGUUUACUAUCAUAAAGCUUGUCACUUAAACUAUUUAUAGGUCUGAUACACAUACAAUCAUGCUAAACGGUGUUUAUUUUCAUGGUCCAGAGGUAUGCACCAAUAUGAAGCUUUGAUAAAGCACAUUUGAAAGAAAUCUUACUUUUGUGCACGCAUGCGGAGGUAAUUAAUUUGAUUGAUAUCUUAAGAAAUAAUUAGAUUUUAAUGAUUUUUGCAGAAACAACGUCAUCAUAGUGGAUGAAUGUGACGUCAUUGAUACAAGAUUUCCCGGAAAUAUUCUUAUAUUUAGAACAACCAAUUUGUCAAGAGUAACACCAGAUUAAUGUCAAGUUUAUAGAUUGAAUAUAAAAAAAUAUGUAAAUUUGGGGCUGAUGUGGGCCCUUAGAGCCCCUAACUCUUUAGUCAUUCUUUAUAGGAGUAAUGAAACUGACCACUCUUCGUUAUCUUUACAAUUUCUUCGAAGGCAACUGAACGGGUUGCGAUGUGGCCGAUAAACCUUUUGUUUAUUAUAACAGAAAAAAUAAUUAAAUAAAAGAAAACAGAAAACCGACUGGAAGCCUGCAAAACCCUUACUUAAUAUUUGUACAUUUAUGUGUAAAGAAAGAGUUCUCUUUAUGGCUAUCAAUUUCGCUCUAAAAUUUACUACCUGUGGCUAUGAUUGCUUUUGUUUUGACUAUGCCAUGGGUCGGUUAUAUGGGCAAAUUUUGAUUAAAAACUGAAAAUGUCAACAAUGAAUCCGAAUCAUAUAUGAAGUUUAAACAUUCGCGUAAGGUCACGAAAAUGUGAAAAAGCAAUGAGUAUGAAAUAUUUAACAAGCUUUUAAAAAGAGAAUCGACUACAUUAUAGUUAUAAAUUUGUAAUUGCAUGUUAACAUAAAUUACACACUAAAUAUUGUCUAUAGUCGUAGUAAAUUUUGACCAAAUGAUCCAUUAAUUUUGUAAAAUUGAUUUUUUUGUUUAAAGAGAAUGAGUUCAGACCGAGAUUUGAAUGAUUAUACGUCAACACCAAUGGUGACGAAAAUAAGUUGUUCACACGUUCCGGUCAGCUGGCUACAUUUCGUUAUGCUGCAAUUCCAAUACCAUCGGUGUCAUAUGUUGUCAGAAAUGACCCUGGUUGAUCCGUAUUAACGGCAUGACGUCACAUUUGCAAAAACGCGAUGAAUUAUAAAACUGAUACAUAGAACAUUUUAAACGAUAUUCACAGCAAAAUGUUUACGCGAUCAUUCAAUCUCAUUGUACCCGUAGUGGUCAAUAUAGUUUUCGUUGCGACUAAUAAAAUAUCAAGUCUUAGAUUGUCAUUUUCUUCUAAAUUUCGUCAAAUGAAUUCAGAGACCGUUACUAUACAAAAUAUGGAGAGAGAGAGAGAGAGAGAGAGAGAGAGAGAGAUGGUUUUAUUAAGAUAAAUUCUACUUCACUAUGAAAUCAGAUAAGAAAGUGUAUAUUCGUAUUCAUAAAAAACGAUUGAUGCAGGCCUAUUCCUUGUCACUAUACACAAUAUGGAGUUUUCUGAUUUUAAGUUCUCAUCUUUUGAAGUCUAGAUAUAUAUGCAAGGUGAAGAUAACGAACAGUGAUCAAUCUCAUAACUCCUAUGAGCAAUACAAAAUAGAUAGUUAGGCAAACACGGACCCCUGGACACACCAGAGGUGGGAUCAGGUGCCUAGGAGGAGUAAGUAUCCCCUGUUGACCGGUCACACCCGCCGUGAGCCCUAUAUCCUGAUCAGGUAAACGGAGUUAUCCGCAGUCAAAAUCAGUGUACUAAGAACGGCUUAACAAUCGGUAUGAAACACGUCAGACAACAUGUAAGACGACGUUAAAAAUUAACUUACAUCUAGAAAUGUGUGCAAAGCUAAGUAAAGAAAUUUACGUUUAUAUUUGGAGUGCAUUUAUAAAAGGGGAGAUUUAAAAGAAGGUGAAAAUAACGGACGAUGAUUUGUCAACAUGCCAGAGUAAAAAAAAAAGAUAUGAACUUGAUUGGUAUCACAACGAACACAUCCUAAUAAACGCACACAAAUUGCAGUCAGUAUCAUCUAGUCUAAGACACUCGUAUUAUUGAUCUUUUUAUUUAAAGUGACUGGAAUCAGAUAGUUGGUCAUAUGUCAACACCACAUGAGAAAAGAAUACGAAGCAAUCGUCAUCCUUUAUCUUGAAUUGGUGAAGCUCAAACAAUGGGAGACAAACAUGAUGUGCAGUAUCACACCGUGGGUAGUAAAGCAGAACAUAUACCAAGAGAAUUCAUGCCUCCAAGAGAAUUCAUGCCUCCAAACUACAUUCGUUCGCUUUCUUCAAAAAUAAAACGACCUGAGACAAAGCUUGUGAAGCAUGAGCUUUAUAUGCAUGAAAUGGAUGCUGCAAACCAAGAUCAAAAUUCAGAAAAAAGGGAAAAGGAAACCCUACAUAGACGACGAAUGACCCUGGAGAGUGAUAUACGUGGUGUACACGGCAGACAGAUACAUCGAAACGACAUAGCUUUGCUUUCUUCAAAAGUAAGGCAACUUAAGGGAACGAUUUUCAAUUAUGAGCAUUCCAUGCAUGAAAUGGAAUUAAGGCAAAAAAAUAUGCUUGGACAAAUGGAAUUGAUGUUUGGUCAGAGGGUUGAGCAACUUGAUAGAUUACAGCAUCAAAUAGAUAGUGGCCUGAAACCCGUUACUAAUGAAAUACAGAAGAUUGCGUUGGAAUUCGAGCGUCUUCCCUCUAUGAUGACUUCAGUCUUACUCGAAAAUAGGUUCGAGUUUGAGGAACCACAUAUUUUGAAAAAAAUUGCAAAUCGAAUAGUUUCCUCAAAAAGGCUGAUUUCUAUGGAAAUUGAUAGACGCCCUUUCCUACGAACAAAUGCAUACAAAGCCUUAGUGAAACAGUUGGAAGGAAACAACAUAGCAGUAGUGACAGGACUUCCCGGAAAUGGAAAAAGAUUCCUAGCAUGCCAAUGCGCGAAGACUUUUCAGCAAGAGAAGCGGAUGAAACCGUUUAUUGUUCAGCACCAUCAGGACUGGGAGGUCAACAUUUCCCCAGACAAUAAAUUCUUCAUCAUUGUACAAGAUUUCUGCGAGGUUGAUAUCUUUUCCACAUAUUUCCGUCAAAACUUGAUGAAUCAUAUCGCUGGAAUUUCUAAUAAUAUUCACGAUACCUGCACUCCUCAGGCUAACAAACUGCUUAUAAUUCUUAGAAAAGAAGUCCUGCAUUUCAUUAAACAUCUUUUUCCUGAUGAUAUAAGAUUUUCAGAGGAGUUUGUUAUCGAUGUUUCUUCGCCACAAAUGCUCCUUACAUCCAUCGAAAAGCAAGAAAUGUUGAGGUUAAACAAAGUGAAAUUGAGAGAGGACGAAGGUGCAUUGAUUGAAUCCGAUUUUCCGUUUGGAUUUCCAGAUGCUUGUCAUUUCUGUCAGACAAUGUCCGAAUUUUCUGUUCAUGUAGAUAGCAUUCUGUCACAACGACUGGAAAGUAUGGAGCCCGAGUUUUUUCUAGCUCUCAAAGUUGUAUGCCUACGAGGAGGAAAAAUCAACAUGAAUGAAUUAUACGAAAAUGAGACAUAUGCAAUCUUACAUCGCACGUUCAAGCAAACCGCAAAGGGAUUUACAAGAUCUGUCUCUAUGAACUUGCCGUUUAUUGUUGACCUCUUAACAGAUGUUUUCUUUACAAAAAUCACCGAAAUUGACACUACAUAUGUUGAAUGUUUUCACAGAAGCAUAAACGAAAACGUGGCAUCAAUUAUAUUAAGAAAUAAUGCUGGUUCUGCAUUUCAGUUGGCUCCACUCAACAGAUUGCAAUAUUUUCGUUCUAAACUUCUGAGGGAAAGCACAGAUAUGUCAACAAAUAACAUUUUUGAUUGGAUUAUCGAGCGAAUAGCAAGCGAAUUAUGCUGUAAUGCCACUGGGAGUGUAAUACAAUGUAUUACAGAACUACUAGAAUGGAAUGAUGAAGAGUUCAUCAAUAAGAUCUCGGCAAACGGAAAAUUCGAAGAAGCAUGUCGAAAUUUAAAACCUUACCAACAAGAGUGCUUUCUUGUUUGCGCCAUCAGAUCAAAUUCUUUGAAUAUCAUACGGUUAUUGUUCAGCUCUUUGAGGAAACAUCUGUUCCUUAGACUUUGUCAAGAAAACGAAAUAAUGUUGAAAGUAGUCGAGACAGGCUCUGUAGAAAUGUUUCAGCUUCUGAAGGAUUUAGGAGUUACACUCGAACAUAACAAGUCCCCUCCUAUUGCAACUUUGUUCACUGCUGCAAGAAACAACCAUUUACCAAUGCUAUCAUUCCUGACGGAAUAUGUGCAAAUAGACCCUUCAUUCAGAGAUGCACAAGGCUGCUCCCUAUUACACUGUGCAGCAAAGUCCGGCUCCGUGGACGUAAUGGAAUAUUUGAUAAGGCAAGGUUUAGAUCCAAAAGAUUGCUCCGUUGAUAACGAAACGAUUUUGCAUUUUAUGGCGAUGUUUGGUUCCUUUUCAGCGUUUAAGUGGCUUUGCGAGAGGUACCCUGGACAGAUAGGAAUAAAAACUACAUCGGGAAAGUCUGUUAUGCACUAUGCAGCUUCAAAUGAAGACACAUACAUUUUAAUUUUCCUGGUGGAGAAUAUGAAAAUGAAUCCGCAUGACAAAACAAACGAUGGAGAAACUUUGUUACAUAUUGCAUGUCGCAAUGGAAAUAAUGGCGCUGUUAAGCACAUGUUAGAGCGUUAUGCAGAAAUUAUUCACGUUCAAGAUAAGCAUGGGAUGACUGCAGCACACACAGCGUGUAUCAGUGGAAACUUAGAGGCUAUGAAAUUGUUGAGUCAGUUUCAUGACCGUUUCAAAAUAUUGACAAAGAAGGGCGAAAGUGUCCUGCAUUGUGCUUCCAUGAGCAGAAGUCUAGAGGUACUUCAAUUUGUUAUGCGUUUGAAAUUGCAUUCGAAAGAUGUGGUUACAACAAAAGGCUAUUCUUUGCUUCAUUCUUGCACCAGUUCUGCCAAUGGGGAUCUGGAUAUUGUGCAGUAUCUAAUAGUUCAAGGAUUUGAUGUUCGACAGCGUAAUGAACAAGGACAAAUCCCAAUGCAUUUAGCUUGUAUUUCAGGAAAUUUAGAAAUCGUACGUUUUCUGGUUAGUAAGUACCCAGAACUUCUCAAUGCAAAAGACAAGAAAGGAUAUGAUGCAAUAUUGAGUUGUGCAAAAGGUCAAUCGUUAGAAACUCUGAAAUACCUUGAAAAUAUGCAAUGUUUCACUCAUCAGACUUUGCCUAAAGGCAAAGGUAUCCUUCAUAUUGCAUGCAAACACAGCUCGGUUGAUGUUGUCAAAUAUUUAUGUCAAAUGUAUCCACAAGAACUUGAAAGACGUGAUUCCAAAGGGAAAACGGCAUUACAUAUGAGUGCACUCAACGCUUCAGUGGGUGUUAUACAAUAUCUCUUAGAUAUCGAGGUCGACCAUUAUGCUUUAUCAACGAGUAAACAAACAAUUUUACAUUUAGCGUGCUACAACAGCAAUAUAGAUAUAUUGAAAUAUAUCGCAAAAAAGCUACCUGGUCUAAAAUGUCAAAAGGAUUAUCGUGGAUACACCGCUUUGCAUUGUUCUUGCGAGGCUAGAAAUGAAAGAGCAAUCAAAGUUUUGUUGAAUUUGAACGAUUGUGAUGUUCGCCAGAGAACAUUAGAAAAUUUUACACCCCUAGACAUUGUGUUUGUGAACAGCCCAUAUCAAUAUGAAGAGAGUACCACACACGCUAUCAAAACGAUGAUAGAGGUAUACAAAGAACAGGGCUAUUCUGGAUCGCUACCAGAAAUGAUGUUCAGAGAUAUAGCACAAUACCAGGCAAAUUAUUUAGAAUCCUUACAUGCCUUCGAUUAUCUUGACCUUGCUGUCUAUCCAAAAAGACUGAGAGGAAUAAGUGAAAGCAAAAUGCUAGCUUUCUCCCUUGCACUUGCUGAUUGCUUGAAUAAUGAAAAACUUCUAAACAAAGGCGAAAAAACUGUAAAUACUGCUUCCUGUCGGUUGCUCAAUUUCGUCAAAUACGAAAAACACCACACAUGUUCCUUUUCGGAAACACUUAUAGAGACGGGACUGACUUGGUCGAUGGUUUGGUGCAUCGAAAUAGCAUUUCUAUAUCCAAAAGAAAUAAGAGAAGUUUGUCUCAGAUCUUCUCUUAAUAUCUUGCGAUCAGGGGCAGCUACUGAUGUAGUUAAAACAUUUGCUAGAGGAAUCAGUAAAACAUUUUAUAUGAAAUACAGCGAUGUAUUGAGUAUACACUCUGUGUGGGCUGGAUUUCUACCUAUGUCACAUGAAAGGUACAAUAACUGCAUCGAAACAAUAGUAGUUAUAACUAGAAAGACACGCGAAGCAAUACAAAGGAGUUUGAAAGAAUAUCAUGGAUUAAAAAUAUAUUUCCGAGAUUUCAGGUAUUUCUCCCCGGAAGCAAAAGAAAUGCUGCAUCUCGAAAGUGAUGUAUCAUGUGACUUGAUGUUGAGGAAAGAAGAUAUUCAAAGACUGAUGAAAAACCACAGCAAUAUUUCACUCGUAUCAACAUCAUCAGUCAAAUCAAUAGGAUAUGGUACAGCAAAUCAAAAUCCACCCAAACAUUUGAAAUCGGUUGUUAUUUAUUGUAGAGUCAAAGGCAUAAUUCCGGCAGGCGAAAAACUCUUUCCGACGCAAAUUGGAGGGUAUUCGGUUGACGUCCGAGAAAGUGCUGUGACUCUUGCUGUCGGUGAAGAGGGUUUAAAAAUGGGAGAUAGGAUAGGGCUAACAGGAGGGGAUAAAACUGGAACGCUGGGCGGUUUUAUUGAUAUAGAUGCUGACAGAAAGGGUUUCAUAACUUGUGCCCAUGUUCUAACUUCUCUGGACAAUCAAACAGAUAAUCUACGCCACCAAGAAUCGCCCGUAAGCAUUAUAGACAGAGGAAGGAAGUACGCUAUCGGACAUGUGGUAAAAUCUUUUUUAGAUUUGGAUGGAACGGAUGUUGAUGUCACAAUAGAUGCUGCCCUCGUUGAAGUGCAAACAAGACUGCCAGACAGUGGAUAUUUUACUUCAAAUUUAAAGUUAUCAAAUAUUCAACAAGCAGAUUUUCGAAAUCAUGACGAAGUAUCUUUCACCGAUGGCGAAACAGCAACCAUAGAGGAAUGUAGAUCAGGAAUGGUACUGAAAGUUGGUGCUGCUUCCGGAUUAACACGCGGACAUGUCCAUUUUGAAAAUGCUGAAGCUGUGAUCGAAGAAAGUAGUGUUGUCUUAAAUGAAAAAAAAUAUACAUUACGUGGACAGAUAGAAGUGAAACCUUACAGAUGUACUGAUUUUAUCUCAGAUGGGGAUUCAGGUUCCUUCGUUUUUCUGAGAGUAAAUGGAAACCCCCCUGUACUGAAAUGUGUUGGACUAGCGGUCGCUCGAACUGACCACGGGACUUGCUUAAUGACACCUAUUGAAAACGUCCUCUCUCGUUUUAAUUUGACAAUUGAUCAGCUUACGAAAUUCGAAAAUAAUUCUGAAGAGGAAGAUAUUUUAAGCAAGAUGUUUCGUAAACUGACAGAAGACAUGAACAAUCAAUUUGUGGCUACAAAUGAAAAUGUAUCAGAAAUAGAAGUCAGAGUCAAUGAAAAUGUAUCGGAAAUACGAAACAGUGUAGCCCGGAUGGAAAAUAGACUACAUGAGGUCGAAAAUAUAGUAUUCAAUAAUCCAGAAGACGGCGGGCAAAAAUGUAUUUUAUUAUAAAGAUUGUAUUAUCCGUAUUAAAACUGUAAUUUUCUGGGUAUCUAAAAUAAUCACGAAAUCAAAACUGAGACGUGAACACAGAACUAAAUGAACAUACUUCGCUCGAAGUGUUACAGAGUGUUUUCCAUGAAUGUUGUUAAGUGUUUUAUUCAUGUUAAUGUUAAUUCUAGUGUGAUAUUACUUAUCGUAUUUUACAAGUUAUGUGAGUUUUAUUUGACUGAAAGGGCAAGUUGUUCCGACAACUCAGCAAAUGUCAGUUAUUUAUGCAUGUAAUUCAUAUACACCAUUUUAUACAAUAUAUGAAAUUAUUAUUAUUAUUAUUUUAUUCAUUUAUAAAGCGCAAAAUUACAUAUAGUUUCUAUGUGCUGUACAAUGUUUGUGCUAAUAAUCAAUGAUAGUAUACCAAUAAAAGACCCAUAGUUAUAAAGGAAAUGAUAAAACAAUAGAAAGAAUUUAAAUAAAACAUGGUAGUAAAAUGACAAA